GUCGCCCAUACCUCUUUCUUCGAUUCCUCCUGCUAUCUUUUUCUCACACUCCAUUUCAUUUCAUGGCCAACAUCAACAACAUGUAUGAUCAACCCACCGAUGACAUGUCUCUUCUCCUUCGUCAAAUCCUCUUCAAAUCACAACCUCCUCCUUCUUCUUCUUCCACUCCCAAACCUCAACUCCAACCACAACACCCGCCUCAUUCAUCCGUCCCCACCGCUGCCAAUGCUCCGGUUAAUGUCGUCGGUCAUGUCGCGUCUUCUUCAGCGGGUACUACUGAUUAUGACCCGGAUGAAUAUGAUAGCGACUGCGAGGAGGCAUUGGGACACUUAAUGGAAGAAAUGGUUGCAAAACCAGACCAUCCUCGUAAUUCAUCAAAACGAACACGAGCUGCUGAGGUUCAUAACAUGUCGGAAAAGAGGAGGAGAAGCAGGAUAAAUGAGAAGAUGAAGGCCUUGCAGAAACUUAUCCCCAAUUCAAAUAAGACUGACAAGGCUUCUAUGCUGGAUGAAGCCAUUGAAUAUCUGAAGCAGCUCCAGCUUCAAGUGCAGAUGUUAACGAUGAGAAAUGGGAUUAAUUUGUACUCCAUGUGUUCGCCUCUUCAACCGAACCAUAGAUCCUACGCCAUGAACCAUGGGAACCAGUCCAUCCACAUGACCACAAACCAUGGAACGUUGUUUGUGAACCAGAUGCUUAGCCAAAACCAGCCAUCAGUACUCGACUUUUCACCAACAAUUAAUCAGGAGCCUCCAUUUGGAACUCAACUUGGAUCAUCUUAGUUUCUGUAAUCCUGUGAUGUUUCCAACUUUUAGUUAUGUAGUUUUAGUUUCUUUAUCGUUGUUGCCCAUCAGUUUGUAACUGUAACUCCGACAAGAAACUUUAACCCUUUUAAACUCUCAAAUCCAAAUUUUGUGGUG